AACAAAAUCAACAAUCUGCUGGGACACGUGCACCUGCAACCUGAAUGAACAUGACGUCACUGGAUUGGAUUUAAUAGCCGUGAUAAAGACUGUUCUUCUAAACUGCACUGACAGCUUUUCAGUUUGUUUCGUAAGAACUGGAACAAUGGAGACCACUCAGGUGACUCUGGUUGUCAGAGGAGAAACAUCAUCAGGAGGUGAUUGCAGUGGUUGGGAGCUGCGACGCCCUGGGAAACUGGAGCUAUCAAGACGCCGUCACUUUAAAUCCUCUGUUUGUUCCUCCAUAAAGCAUGUGUGUGCAUGUUGUUUUCAUGACAGAAACACCUGGACGACAACAGUCACCGUACCGACAGGAGUUGAAUUCAAGUACAGAUAUUUCAAGGGCAUCUUUCAGAAGUCGGAGAGUGAAAAUGGUCCACGUCAGGUGGUCGUCACUAUGUGGGAGACUCAUCUUUAUCCUCGCAAGCUGAACCCUACAGAAUCAGAGAUGCACACUAAUGAUGGACUGUUCGGAAUACAUGACGGGGUGACCUCUGUUGACCCAGGAUGGUUGACCUGCCAGGCCGAGGUUCGCCUGCGUCUACACUAUUCAAAGACGCCACCGGUGUCCAUCUCUAAGAGGAGAUUCUCAAACUCUAAAGUGAAGAUCAAGCUGCAAGUGGUGUGCAUUGACAAGGACAAGAAUGAGCCCAGUCUUUCAUCUUUACUAAAGUUGCCCACCACAGUGGAGAUCAGGAAGGUCAGUGAGGAUGGUUAUACUUCGACCCACUCACAGCCUGAAAACGGGGAAGCCCUGGAGCCACCACAGUGGAUCGAGUACAUCAUCCGUACAAUGGACCCAGACAACCUACAAGUCACUUUUGAAUUCUUUGAGGAGGAUGUGAAUGGGUACGGAUCAUCGAGGUUUGUUCGAACAGGACUUGUGGGCACAGCUUGCCUUGUCUCCCCCGGUUUUUUGGAGAACGGCACAGACUAUGGACGACUCACACUUCCUAUAAUGGGACACACUUCCAGACAUGCCAUUGGGACAGUCACAGUGGAUUAUCUGGUGAUCCAGCCUAUUCAGGAUCUGCAGUGUGAUAUGAGCUCUUCUUUUACUAAGUUCUGGAAGAAAAGAAGCCCUCUGGAUAUCGGCCAUAGAGGAACAGGGAGGACACACUCAGCCAAGCACUAUAGAAUCAGAGAGAACACAAUUAACGCUUUCAAAACUGCGGCCAAGCAUGGGGCUGCUUAUGUCCAGUUUGAGGUUCAGCUCUCUAAAGAUCAGGUUCCUGUCAUCUACGGUGAUCUGACCUGCAUCACUUGUGCUAAAACGAAAAAUAGGGCAUUUGAGUACAUUGAGAUUCCAGUAAAAGACUUGAAAUUUGAUCAGCUGCAGAGUCUAAAGCUCGGCAUGAUGGGACAAGACCCCACAGACAUGCAGGCAGAUGAUGACAAAGACGCUGAGAGCCAGCCAUUUCCUCAGCUGUCACAGAUUUUCCACAAAGUUUCUGAAUAUGUGGGCUUCAACAUUGAGAUCAAAUGGAUCGCUCAGACAACAAAUGAGUCGUGGGACAGCAAUGUAUCAUCCUACUUCAACAUGAACACCUUCCUGGACAUUAUCCUGUCAUGUGUUCUGGAGAAUGCCGCGACAAGACGCAUCAUCUUCUCCUGCUGUGACGCAGAUAUUUGUAGCAUGGUGCGUCGCAAGCAGAACAAGUACCCGGUCCUGUUCCAGACACAGGGACUCUCUGACAGACAUCCGGAGCUGAUGGACAUCCACUGCCGGUCCACACCGUUCGCUGUCAACUUUGCACUAAGCGAAGACAUUCUGGGAAUCUGUGCCAACGCCGCAGACCUGCUGAAGAAUGUGGACUACGUCAGGGAGAUCCAGUCUAAAGGCCUGGUGGUGUUCAGCUGGGGCGAGGAAAACAACGACAGCGAGGCUAGAAAGGAGCAAAGCGAACAGAAAAUCGAUGGGUACAUAUAUGACAGAAUCUGUGAGGCCCAGAUACAGCAGAGAAACAUCUUCCACAAGGAGAAAGAACCGCAGUGUGAAUCCACAGAGGAAGCUGGGAAAUCCUACUGCAAUAUAUCUUAACUUUUACUUUACUAGACAUGACAUUAAGAACAGUUUAGUAUUUAAAAUAUAAAUCUGGUCUCAAUGUCUGAAAGGGUUGAGAAAUAAGAGCAAUUUAUUGUACAAAUCUUUCAUUUUCUUACAGCCCCAAUUCCAAAAAAAGUUGUGACAGUUUGUAAAAUAAAUAAGAACAGAAUGCAAUCAAUUGAAAAUCUUAUAAACCCAAUUUUUUUUAAUGAUGUUACAAAGAAACCAUAGCAAAUGUUCAAAUGGAAAAACUGUACUAAGUGCACAAUGCAAUGUUGAAUUUGAUAGCUGCAAUAUGGCUCUAAAAAUCUGUAAAAGUAAGUAGUAGGCUACUAAAAAGAACCACCUAUUACACAUUGUCACAACUUUAUGGGAGUCUGGGUUGUAAACCAUGUAAACUCAUCUCUUUGUUGACAGAAAAUGGCCACUGUCUGGUUGCCUCACACCAGUUUUAGCGAAAAUGUCAGUACAAUAGUCAAGCAUAAUGUUUGUUUUUUUCUAUUUGCUUUUAAUACAUGAUGAUCUUAACAGACGAGAGCCAUUUUACUGAACCUUAAAAUCAUUUCAAAUUUUUCGUAAUUGUGGAACAAUGCUGGGAUGGGGCAUGGCAAUAACGUAGUCAAUAUGCUGCAUGUGUUCUUGAUGUGAAAAUGUUCUUCAGGUGUAAGCUGUAACAGGAAAUCAAGCUGCAUGUCAUAAUGUUUGAGUGACAUGGGGCUAUCAGUAGAACUGAAGAGGAGGACCGAAUUAUGGACUUAUGAUGUAUUGGAUAUAUGUGUCUGUAUGCAUAUUAAUGUUCACUGUAAUGUGUGUAUGCUCAAUAUGUAAUGCACACACUGAUAUUAUCAUCAUUAUUCACCAUAGAUCUUAUUGAGGGUGGAAGGAGGGGGGGGUUAGAAGGGUUUUUUGUUUCUGUUUGGAGUGUUAUACUGUUGUGUAUAUGAUCGUAUGUUCAUUAAAAUCGAAAAUCAAUUUAAACACAAAAAAUCUUAAAAAUAGGGCUAUCAGUCUUUUUCUGUGCAUUUAACCAUUUUCAUAAGUGUGUUUCAGAUACGAUCUAAUAUUUGUACUGACAGUACUAAAUUGCCAGUACUUGAUAGUAAUAAAUUGUUUUCCAGAAGAAGCAGAUAUUAAACAUUGGCUUGAUAUUUCAAUACAGUGUCUAAUGUAAUUAUUCCUCAUUAAGUCUGUUUUUCCCAAAUUAUAUUUACAUCAUGGCAGCCAUUUUACAUGCAAUAUGACAAAUAAUCAGUCCAUCCAGAAAAACGUGAUUAUGCGAUCGCAUAAGUCAAUGCAAAAUCAAGCAAAUAACAUCCAUUAUGCAGUGAUCUGCAUUUUAUCAAGAAGGGACACAUAUUCCCCACAACAAUAGCGUAUUUCCACACAAAAUACGCCAAAUUUGCAGAGCUCACAUGAUUUCAUUUAAUUUUUCCGCAUUAAGUUUAAAAAAUAUUGCAUUCUAACUUGACUCGGGUAGUGAUGUAAGUAAAUAUGCGACACACAACGUCACCGGCUCACACGUCCACAGAAUGUAAACUAACCGCAAGCCUUAGAAGAAAUUCAGCAAGAUGAUGAAAAAUGCAGCUCAUUUGGUGCCAAAAAUAUCUGCAAAAGACAGAGCAAACCAGGACCCAAUGUCCGACACGAAAGCGAGGGCAUACUAUUUUACAUCCCAUGCAACCGUGUUGGAACACAUGAGAAAUUGAUGCUAGAGCCACUUUUCCAGCACAAAACAUCUGAAAAUGGAUUCUGCUGUAGCAAUAAUAAUGUUAUAUGAACAUCAAAGCUGUAAUAGCCUUGGAUGGCCUGUUCUACCUCACUUCUGUGAAGCAGGAAGCAAUUAUUUUAUUUUUGACAUGUGUGACUCAGUAAUGUUAAAGCCAUGUUUGAGCCAUGCUUAGAAAAUAAAGAACUAAAACACACCCAGCACUUUCUGUGAUGUAGUGUAUGCUUAUUUCUUGUAUGGUUGUUUAUCAUAGGAUGUAAUUACACAUUUUUCAUUUAGUAGUAGCCUAGUUAUAACAGGGUGUGGGAGACGAAUCAGUUUUUUUCAUU